CGGUGGUCAGAUCUGUGGUAAAGAUAUUAAUAUUCUGUGGGUUUGUUUGAUGAAAUCAUGAAAUGAAAAAUCAUAGUCAUUCAUUUCGGUGAAGUUUAUAUUUUACUAGAAUCACUGUUUGGUUUAAUUUUGUUUAAAAUUUGACUCAUUGUGCAGAAACAUGUCGGCUACUGCAUUAUUCGGUAAUACUUCUGGCUUAGGAGGAAGUUCCGGUGGGAACAAGCAUUUGGUGGAAUUUCGUGCCGGUAGAAUGACUCUAAAGGGUCGUAUGGUUCAUCCCGAUAAGAGGAAGGGGCUAUUGUAUGUGUAUCAAGGAGAAGACUCGUUGAUGCAUUUUUGUUGGAAAGACCGUACUACCGGCGAGGUCGAGGAUGACUUGCUCAUAUUUCCUGAUGACUGUGAGUUUGUGCGAGUGAAUGAAUGCACAACAGGCCGAGUCUAUGUCUUGAAGUUCAAGUCUUUUUCAAAGAAAUACUUUUUCUGGAUGCAGGAGCCUAAGACCGAUAAGGAUGAUGAUUAUUGCCGCCGCAUCAAUGAAGCUCUAAACAAUCCUCCAACAUCUGGUGGCCGUGGAGGUGGCGGUGGUGGUGGACAGGAUGGAGAGUUGCAAAACAUAUUGAACAACAUGUCCCAGCAGCAACUCAUGCAACUCCUUGGAGGAGUCGGCCAAAUUGGAGGAUUGUCUUCCCUUCUGGGCACAAUGGGUAAUAACAGUGGAAGCAACAGUGGCAACACUAGCGCUCGGCCAUCGGCUGGCAGUGGCAACAGCAGCCGCGGCGGCAGUGCCCCGCGCACCACUGAGGCCAGUGCCGCGCGCACCCCGUCUCGCGCCCGCGAUGUGCCCGCGCCCACUGCCACGCCUCCUAACACCGCUACUGCUGCAGCGCCACGUGAUGGCGCAGGGGGGCAGGUGUACUUGUCGGACUUGCAACGCUACUUCUCAGGGCUGGGCCAUGCGCCUCCGGAAGGCGACGCGGGAGCGGCGGGGGCGGCGGGCGCGCGCGUUGACCUGGCGGCGGCGCUGGCGUCGCCCGACGUGGUGACCACGGCCAGCGCGGCUCCCAACGCGGCCCGCCUGGCGCCGCACUUGCCGCCCGCUCCGCCCGGCGCCGCCCAGGACGAUGUAAGGACCACCCUGCUCUCACCGCAGUUCGCUCAGGCAGCAAACCAAUUUUCUUCUGCAUUGACUUCUGGGCAAAUGGGUCCAGUAAUAUCGCAGUUUGGUUUACCGUCCGAAGUGACUUCAGCUGCUAACACGGGCGAUAUGCAAGCCUUCUUUAAGGCGCUUGAGAAUACAUCCAAUGCAUCCGAUAAGUCCAAGGAAGAUGACAAGAAAAAGGAAGAAAAACCGAAAGAUGAUAAAGGAGAUAAAAAAGAUGACGACGCCGAAAUGUCACUUGAUUGAUGGGAUGUUAAUUUUUUUUGCAACUUAGUUGUGUUUCAAGCUGCGAAGCUAAGUACCUAUAUGCAAAAUUUUGUUUAUAUUCGUUAGCGAUUUCUUAUAACAUUGAAAUAUAGUUUUCUUUUUGUGA